GCACCACUUGCAUAUAAAUUAAAGCAUGACAUCUUCCAGUAACCCUGGACAAGAAAAAGAGAUGGAAAUAAUGGAGGGUGGAGCUGAAAUGCGGCAGCAGGCCUGUGUGGUUAUGGUGCCUAGCCCCUUCCAAGGACACGUAACCCCUAUGCUGCAACUAGGACACAUCCUUCACUCGAAGGGCUUCUCCAUCAUAAUCGCCCACGCCCAAUACAAGGCGCCUGACCCUUCAAACCACCCUGACUUCUCCUUCCACUCCUUGGCAGAUGGACUAGACGCCAGUAAUAGUAUAACUGGAGGCAGAGGGCUAGAAAUGAUCUAUGCAAUGAAUGAGAAUUGUAGGGUACCCCUCCAAGAGUAUUUGGAAGAGAAAGGGGAUGUGGUUUCUUGUAUCAUCUAUGACAACAUAAUGUUCUUCGUUGACAAAGUCGCUGAACUUCUCAAUCUCCCCUCUCUCGUUUUACGCCCCUUCAGCGCUGCUUACUUGCAUGUUUUACUCCAUUGUCUUGAAAAUGCAGACACUAUUUUCCCCCUUCCAGAUGAUACAGAGUCAGGACUUCAAGAUCCAAUUCCUGGUCUUUAUCCAGUGAGGUAUCAAGAUUUGUCAAAGUUUAUGCAAUUAGAAGAAAUAAGACGCUUCAUGUUGACUACCACCAAUAUAAGGUCAUCCAUGGCCAUAAUAUGGAACACAGUGGAGGAUCUUGAGCAGACAUGGUUGUCGAGGCUUCAACAAGGUUACAAAGUGCCCAUCUUUCCAUUAGGUCCAUUUCACAUGAUUGCCCCAACUAGCACAACUAGCUUGAUAGAAGAAGAUGAGAGCUGCCUCGCAUGGUUGGAUAAACAAGCUCCUCAGUCCAUCCUCUUUGUAAGUACAUGUGGGAGCAUAGCUUUGAUUAAUGAAAGUGAUGUUGAAGAGAUUGCUUGGGGUUUGGUCAAAAGCAACCAGCCGUUCUUGUGGGCAGUCCGUCCCGGGUCAAUUGAUAGUGAGUUUGUAUCUUUAUACUACUAUCCCCGUCCAAAUUAAACUCAUGUUUUGACUUUACUCACCGAUUAAAAAAGUGGGAAAUGUGUGGUGUACGUAGAAUUGUGAAGAAGAGAAAGUGGCUUGCGUAAAAUGGUGGAUCAUUGAAAAUGAAACUAUGAACUCUUUUUAAAUUUUAGUUUGACCCAAUUACCCGUUUUUGCAAUGAACACAUCGAUAUCAUAUCACUUCUUGCAUUCAAAAUGGCUCAACUCAAUUAAGUGAGAAAGGAUUUUUAGAUGUCAGAGGAAAUACUUUUUGUGAGGUGAUAAUUUAGGAGUUACUUGUUUGGUUGGAGGGUAUUGGAAGGGGAGUCUUGAUAUUUAUUAUAAUGAUUUAUUUUUGUUUUUCAAUAUAGUGAUUUAGCAUUACUUUUUGUAUUUCUCAACAAGCCAAAUGUAGAAAUUAUUUACCCCAAAUAUUACUCCUCUAAGGAAUAAAUGAGUAGAUCUACUAUUAAGGUUAUGGUGGAUUGGAUUAUAGAAAACUUAGAACUCGUUUGGUGGCCCCUAUUUUCUUGUUAUUAGUCUUAUCAGUAAACUUUUUUAUCAAAUAAAUAAUUUUUUAUUUCGCGUGCUGAAUGUAAAGUUUCAAGUUACUUGUCUAGCUGAAUUAACUCAAGAUACUUUAGAUGGGCAUAUCAGUUAUUUUUCAUAUACUUUUUCUUUAUUUUGUUAAUAAAAUAUAUUCUAAAUACGUAGUAUAACUUUUUACUCUCUCCGUCCCGCUAUUAACUUCCUACUUUCCUUUUUGGACCGUCCCAAAAUAAUCUUCUCAUUUCCCUAAAUGGAAAGUUAUCCUACAUCAAAACAGUGUCAAACAGUGCAAAACAGUGCCAAACAGUGUCUAAACAGUGCCAAACAGUGUCUAAACAGUGCAAACAGUGUCUAAACAGUAAAGUCAAAUUUAUUUCCUAAAUAUGUGUGUAGGUCAAAGUAGGAACUUAAUAGAGGGACGGAGGGAGUAUAAUUCAACAGAUUUAUCUGAUUCAGCCGCUUCAUCCAUAACUCCAUCAAUUUCAACAGAAUCAAUUAAUUCAACUAACUUCAAUGUUACCAAAGAGUCUUGUUCCUUUGAAUUUUUCGUGCAUAUAUAUAGAUUUUAAUAUUUAUCUCAGUCUAGGUCUGUGUAAACCUAAUAUAUUGUCACUCUUGAGUCUAGCACUCUAGCCUAUUGCAAAUGCCUAGAUUCACCCCAUUUACCUCCCAUCUAAAUCCAUUUUAGUUUUUUUUAUUCUUAUGCUUAUCUACAAAAAAUAAUUAUAUACACAAAUGCUAAAAGAAAAAGAAGACAAAUGAAAUGUGAUAUGAUUGAUGAUCCCAAAAAACUAUUCUCUUCUUUUCUUUUCAGUUUGCCCAACUAAGUCAUGCUCCCAAAUUUGGUAAAAUUGUGUGACUUCUAUCAUUCUUACGCUAUCCAUUCAAUAUCAAUCACAAAAAAUAUCAUUUUUUUAAUAUCUGCACGACAUUCUCAUGUUCCAAUAUUAAUGUGAUGAAGGUAGUAACAUAAUUAAUUAAAUGAAUACAUAAAGGAUUAAAUGUGAGUUUGUAUGUUCGUGUGUAUGAUCGACUCUUACUAGGUUCUCAAGGGAAAGAGCGGUUCUUAGAAGACUUUGAGAAAAGAAGCGGAAACAGAGGACUAGUAGUGAAAUGGGCGCCGCAGAAGAAAGUAUUGGCUCAUGGCUCAGUUGGUGGAUUCUGGAGCCAUUGCGGUUGGAACUCAACGUUGGAGAGUCUUGGUGAAGGUGUUCCAAUGAUUUGUAGACCCCACUUCGCUGACCAACUUGUGAAUGCCAGAUUCUUGGUCCAUGAAUGGAAGGUCGGGCUCGAUUUGGAGAAGGUGGAGAGAGGUAUCAUUGCAGAGACUAUUAGAAGACUUAUGGUGGGAGAUGAAAGGAAAGAGCUGAAGAAGAAUGCCAUGAAAGUGAAGAAGAAAUUUGAUGACUGCUUUGAAAGAGAUGGGGGCAGUUCUUUUAGAGCACUUGAUGAACUAACAGAUUUCAUAGCAUCACUUUCGCUUCCAAAUUUUGUUAGUGAGGUGAGAGCUGGUGGUGAUAGCUAAGUUUUGAACAACAAAAACCGAUUUCAUAAAUAAUACUCCUCCGUCCGCUGAGAUUGUCUCCGCUCCUAUUCACUUGGUUAACACAAAUCUCUCUUAAUCUCUUACUUUGUAUAUCAAAUUUUUAUCAAAUUUGAUUCAAGUUUUCACGACUUUGUAAAACUAUUAAUGUAGUUUCUGAAUAUGUAUUUUUUUUUCUAAAAAUAAUUUAAGCGCGGAUAAAGAUCUGUUUGCUUUAUCGUCGGUCAAGCAUCGUAAACCGAAUCAUCACAAUCUUAGUGAGAUGGAGGUAGUAACAUACUUGGUCAAUCUGAA